UUUCUCAUUGGUUGCGUGAUCUGGGAAGCACAUCGCAAGGGGCACGUUUCAAAGAGCAGUCUGAAGGCCUGGUGGUGGGAAAGAGCUAGUAGAGAUGGGCACAGACAGCUGCAAGACGUAACAGAGUUUUUCACAGGGGAAGGACACGAUGAAGAAAAGCAAGGAUUCUGCUUUACCUAGAGGAAGUUUAAAACCAGCGGUGCCAAGGCUCCCCUGGAUUCUACCUUUCUCACGCCCUGAAGUUGAAAAGGCCGAAAGCCAAGGCAAGAGGAGGGCCCGGAAGUAGGGAGGACCUCCGAGCACGUGAUGGGGGAACCUGCGGGUGAUGUCACGUGACCCACCAACCUGCGGGGGCUCCUCGGUGCGGAACGUUCUGCUGCUCUUAAAGACCCUCUGCCACCCGGUCAGAGCCAACUCGCUGACUUUGGACCCUUCGGGGCAUCUGAACUUGAUGCCAUGGGAGGCUGUGAGGGCUCCAGGUGGCGCCUUUUGGAUUCCGAGAGGGAGGAGACCACCUCUGAGCCCCAAGCCCCUCUGUUGGAGCCUCAGAGUGCCCAUUGGAAGAAUGCGGUGGGCUUUUGGCUCCUGGGCCUUUGCAACAAUUUCUCCUACGUGGUGAUGCUCAGUGCGGCCCACGACAUCCUUAGACAGGAGAGAGCCUCUGGGAACCAGAGCCAUGUAGACCCAAGCCCAAUGCCCAUUCCCCACAAUAGUUCAUCUCGAUUCGACUGCAACUCUCUCUCCACAGCUGCAGUGCUCCUGGCUGACAUCCUCCCUACCCUCAUCAUCAAAUUGCUGGCUCCUCUAGGCCUUCAUCUGCUGCCCUACAGCCCCCGGGUGCUCGUCAGUGGGGUUUGUUCUGCGGGCAGCUUUAUCUUGGUUGCCUUUUCUCACUCAGUGGCGAUCAGCCUGUGCGGUGUGGUCUUGGCCAGCAUCUCAUCAGGUCUGGGGGAGGUCACCUUCCUCUCACUCACUGCCUUCUACCCCAGGGCUGUGAUCUCCUGGUGGUCCUCAGGCACUGGGGGAGCAGGACUGCUGGGGGCACUGUCCUACUUGGGCCUCACCCAGGCUGGCCUCUCCCCACAGCACACCCUGCUGUCCAUGCUGGGGAUCCCUGCCCUGCUGCUGGCCAGCUAUUUCUUGUUGCUCACAUCUCCCGAGCCCCAGGACCCUGGAGGUGAGGACGAGGCGGAGACCGCAGCUCGACAGCCCCUCAUAGGCUCGGAAACCUCAGAGUCAAAGCCAGGCUCCAGCUGGAACCUGUCCCUCCAGGAAAGGUGGAUGGUGUUCAAGGGUCUGCUGUGCUACAUCGUGCCCUUGGUGCUGGUCUACUUUGCCGAGUAUUUUAUCAACCAGGGACUGUUUGAGCUUCUGUUUUUCCGGAACACAUCCCUGAGUCAUGCUCAGCAGUAUCGCUGGUACCAGAUGCUGUACCAGGCUGGCGUCUUCGCCUCCCGCUCUUCUCUCCGUUGCUUUCACAUCCGCUUCAUCUGGGUCCUGGCCCUGCUGCAGUGCCUCAACCUGGCCUUCCUACUGGCUGAUGUGCUGUUGACCUUCCUGCCGAGCAUCUACAUCGUCUUCUUGAUCAUCCUCUACGAGGGGCUCCUGGGGGGCGCGGCCUACGUGAACACCUUCCACAACAUUGCUCUGGAGACCAGUGACCAGCACCGAGAAUUUGCCAUGGCAGCCGCCUGUAUCUCUGACACCCUGGGGAUCUCCCUGUCAGGGGUCCUGGCCCUGCCUUUGCAUGACUUCCUCUGCCAGCUGCCCUGACGCUCUGACGGGUCGGAGCACAGGCCUGCCGGGUGGGAAGUGCUAAGAUCUGUUCCCCUUGACCAUGGGUCAGCCGUGGUCUCCUCCUCUCAAGCUGGUCUUGGGAGUUUCUUCACAGCAUUAUGCCCUCUGAAUAAAUGCUUAUUUUAUCAAUUGA